CACGUGACGUCAACUAGUCAGACGAGACGCACUGACGCAGACAGGCGAACAUGGAGACCAACGCCACCAUUCUGCGCGUCAAAAGAAAGAGGGGCACCGACCCCGCGGACGCCCUGCUGCUUGCCUGUAAGCGCAUCCGACCGGAGACGAGCCAGGCUCCCGGCGAGACGGCAGCGGAGCCCGGCGAGGUCGACGUGGAGAAGUCUGUGUUCAAACUCGUGGCCACUGUAGCGACACAGGACACUCCGGUGCAGACGGAGGUCCGCCAGGCUGUGGCUCGGCCCCGCGUGGCCCACGCCCUCCGGCCCUCCGCCAACAGCUUCCAGCGCAUCUUCGGCGACCUGCGCAGCACCAAGUUGGGCGUCCGAGGUGAGGAGCGCUACCGGAUCCUCUCCAGCCACCGCGCACCCACCAGCCUUGCACCCCCAGCCCGCACACAAAGACGCCAGGGGGGCAAUGAUGCAGAGGAGGCGGCAGUGGAAGAGGAGGAGAAAGACUCUCUGAAACGUGAGAAGUGUUUGGGUCUCGCAGAAGUCCAGGUGGUUGAUCUCCUGCACGAAGAUCUACCGGAACAGGACAAAUCUCUCAGCAAGACAGAAUCAUCAGACCCCAACGUGAUCCUCUGCAACAACACCAAGAUGCUGCGAGAGCGCCUCUGCAUCCAUGACCAGCAGCAGCAACGCUGGCCACAUGAGAAUGACGACGGCGACUACGUGUAUGACCUCUACUACCAGGAAACUGCCACGACUGGAUGGAUCCAUGACAUCCUGUCCGUCAGGGCCUACGCAGACCACACAGAACUGGUUGCAGAGGUGGAGGCUGAUGAGGUGUACGACGACGAGGAUGAUGAGAAUGAGGAAGACAACUGGAGGAAUGACUACCCCGAAGACGAGAGUGACCACGCUGACAGUGAAGAUGGCGACGGAGAGGAACGCUAUGGACACUGCUGGGAUGAGGACGAGGACGCCUCUCACUGCCGCAGGAGCUGGCAUCGCUACCAGAGAGACCAGCUGCAACAGCUCAGUCACCAAGACGGCCCGCAGGAACUCGAUGACGACGACAAAGACAAAUACGACUCGGACUGACUCCGUAACCGCCAUCUUUCCCAGUUCCUCCUGUAGCCCACACAGCGGGUCUCCUUUCUAUUUUUUUAAGUACAUUUGUGUGCAUGUGUUUGGUAUGCGUUGCUGUUGGCGUGCGGUCAGUUGCGUAUGUGUUUUGUAUACUGUAACGUGUGCAGUUGUGUUGCGGGACCGACAGUUUGGGGGCUCAUCAAUUUUGGCCCACAUUUUGUUUGUUGAAGUUGAGUGUUACAACAGAAAGAAUGCUUGCUGGAUAUUGUUUUUGUAAAUAUGUGUAUAACAGAUUUUAAAAUAAAUGUUUAAAGCACU